CCACGGCGUUCGAGGGUUUUCUCGCACGUUUUGGCGGACUAGAAGCCUCUCUGCUGUUCAACUGGAGGCAUUUCACUCUCACCUCCUCUGAUCACUUCUUGUUUGCCCUAGCACGCCCGUCUGCCUCUGCGGUCUGAACCCAUCUACUCCGAACACUGCACCACCUCCCAUUCUCCGAUCAACAUCAGUGUGGACCUAGAGUCCCAAGGAUCUUCUUUACCACUUCAGAGUUUAAUUGUGCAUACAAAGAGUUUCGAGCAGUAUCUCAUACUUAAAGAAUCAUGCACGCGCCGGUUCUAGUCCUCAAGGACUCUUUGAAACGGGAGUCUGGAAGUAAGGUGCAACAUGCUAAUAUUCAGGCAUCAAAGGCUGUUGCUGACAUAAUUCGCACUACCUUGGGACCCAGGUCCAUGUUGAAAAUGCUACUUGAUGCUAGUGGAGGAAUUGUGGUGACUAAUGAUGGAAAUGCUAUCUUGCGUGAAUUAGAUCUUGCUCACCCAGCUGCUAAGUCUAUGAUAGAAUUAAGUCGCACUCAAGAUGAAGAAGUAGGAGAUGGAACAACUUCUGUAAUCAUUCUUGCUGGUGAGAUGCUCCAUGUUGCUGAAGCAUUCAUCGACAAAAAUUAUCAUCCUACAGUCAUUUGCCGAGCUUAUAACAAAGCUCUUGAGGAUGCCAUUGCUGUGCUUGACAAAAUUGCCAUGCCCAUUGACACCAAGGAUCGAGGUACAAUGCUAGGCCUAGUGAAAAGCUGCAUAGGUACCAAAUUCACUAGUCAAUUUGGAGAUUUAAUUGCCGAUUUAGCCAUUGAUGCUACCACAACGGUAGGCAUUGAUCUUGGCCAAGGUUUGAGAGAUGUGGAUAUAAAAAAUUAUAUUAAAGUUGAAAAGGUCCCUGGUGGUCAGCUGGAGGAUUCAAGAGUUCUUAAAGGAGUUAUGAUAAACAAAGAUGUAGUUGCCCCUGGCAAGAUGAGGAGAAAGAUUGUUAAUCCACGUAUCAUUCUUUUGGAUUGCCCCCUUGAGUAUAAAAAGGGUGAAAACCAAACAAAUGCUGAGCCUCAGGAAGAAGACUGGAAUAUCUUGUUGAAGAUGGAAGAAGAAUACAUCGAGGAGAUGUGCAUGCAAAUAUUGAAGUUUAAACCAGACUUGGUUAUUACGGAGAAGGGGCUUAGUGAUUUGGCGUGUCAUUAUCUGAGUAAGCAUGGAGUCAGUGCAAUCAGGAGGCUGAGGAAAACUGAUAAUAAUAGAAUUUCAAGGGCAUGCGGUGCUGUUAUUGUAAACAGACCAGAUGAAUUACAGGAGUCUGAUGUGGGGACUGGUGCUGGGUUAUUUGAAGUUAAGAAAAUUGGAGAUGAGUAUUUUGCUUUUAUUGUUGAUUGCAAAGACCCUAAAGCUUGUACUGUACUAUUAAGGGGUGCCAGUAAGGAUCUCUUGAAUGAAGUUGAAAGAAACCUCCAGGAUGCCAUGUCUGUUGCAAGGAACAUUAUAAAAAAUCCAAAACUUGUUCCUGGAGGUGGGGCUACAGAGUUGACUGUGUCAGCAGCUUUGAAGCAGAAGAGUUCAUCCAUUGAGGGCAUAGAGAAGUGGCCUUAUGAAGCUGCUGCUAUUGCUUUUGAGGCUAUACCCCGUACUUUAGCACAAAAUUGUGGGGUUAAUGUGAUUCGCACUAUGACUGCACUGCAAGGAAAACAUGCAAAUGGAGAGAAUGCAUGGAUUGGCAUCGAUGGAAAUACCGGGGCCAUCACUGACAUGAAAGAGCAGAAGAUCUGGGAUGCCUACAAUGUAAAGGCACAAACAUUUAAGACCGCCAUUGAAGCUGCUUGCAUGCUCCUGAGAAUUGAUGAUAUAGUGAGUGGAAUCAAGAAGAAGCAGGCUCCUGGAUCUGGCCAGGCUCCAUCAAAGCCCAAGGUUGAGACCGAGGCAGAUGCUGACGGUGAGCAAAUUUUGCCAGACUGAUAACAGUUGAACUGACGUUUCAUUUUGACGUGGCUGAAGAUCCUCGAGAUUCUUGUUGAGCUUUGAAUCUAAUUACAAUUAAAAUUUUGGGUCAUCGAUGGUGCUGUUGUUUUUGUGCCUUGUACCGUUUUCACAAGAGAUUGCAACUUCUUUCAUGAUGUUUCGGAUGGCAUCUGCUCUAUUUUAGUGUUCAUCUGUCCGUUGUUUUUCAUUUACUUCGAAUGCCGGCGUAACAUCUGAGUGGGGCCUUUUAUUGUGUAAUCAGAUUUCUACCAGGGAACUAUGAUUGUUAAUUUAUUUUUUGUUUAUUUACUAUUAUGGGAUCUAAGCGGGUAAAGAUUCCAUUGGAUUAACUCUUUUACUAUGUCUCAAUGGAGGAAUUUUGGCGAA